AUGGCCUCCUCCCCCCAGCCAGCGUCUCCUAGGCGCAGUCGUGCUUUUAGCUCCAGUGGAAAGUCAGACAAAACCCAUCGAUCAAGCGGUUCUGGCCAUAAACUCGAUCUCACCGAAUCUCACGAAGAAAAAGUUAGGCGCAGUCUACAAACCAAAGCCGACCCGAUGCUUGCUAUAAACGAAGCGCAGCCAAAUUUGGUUGCCCUUGAAAAGUCAAACCUAGGCAGUCUCCGGGCGCUCCAACACAAGGACCAAUUCGGCAAUCCCAUCACCGAUCCUGAUCUCUCAAACCCUACUCGCUCUCGGUUCGAACGUCCUCUAGACACAAUCCGCUCGUUUGAAGCCGCUAUCUAUGGGCCAUAUAGCCACAGUCACAGCCGACCAGCGUCCUAUAUCCGGACAGAUUCUCCUGCCGAGUACAGCAGACGGAAUAGUUACUUCAAUGGACAUUCCAAUGGCCAAUACAACGAUCGAGGACAAUACAGCAAUAGACCGAACUACUCGCGACCGAACAGCUAUAUCGAUAAUGGCAACGGCUACCACAACGGUGGGCCUCCUCCGGAGAACUACUACCCAUACAGCCAGGGCGGAAGUCGGCCUCGACCGCGGCAACACCCUUCUCGCGGUUAUUCAGAACAACCGUCAUACGCAAGCAACAGUGCAACCCCCCAGAACGGUUAUGCGCAAAAUGGCUACUAUAAAUCAUCAGACAAUGUCACCGUGGCGUCGCCCUCCGGCUCCGGGAGCAACCCUGAUCAAUGGGCCAACUCGACCGAUCCUAGCUCGAUAAACAGCUCCAUCGAUCAAUCGCAGCAGCAGGAGAGGGCUAUGGCAGAAGCCUAUGGUUUCCAAGGAUUCGGUCCCGGACCAGAUGUCAGUGAGCAGUUCUCGUCGGCUGCGCAAGGAAAGGCACCAUACGGCCAAGUGCCACCGCCACCUGCACAUGCGGCUUCCCCCAAUCCGAACAUGGGCGGCCCAGUCGGGGGACCGCAACAACAGCAGCAGCCGCCACUCGCAGGCGGCCGACGCCAUCUUCAACGCAAGUCGGUACAGCAACAGAGUGUCUCCUCCGACGCAGGCGAUAACAGCACCAAACGAAAAAGCUGGUUCAAGCGGACAUUCAGCAAGAACUAG